AUACUCCUGUUCGUAUUUAUUUAUUGUUGGGAAUUUCAUUGGUUUUCUACCCUACAUUUGGCUCUUGCCUUGAUGGCAUUUCACACUCUAGUAAGGCCCAGAUUUUUUGGAGGAGAAUUGUGUUUGGCAUAUGAUUCCUUUAGAAGACCAGUCUUUAAGAAAGGAGUCCCAUGCAAACAUCCAUCAAUCUUCCUUCUCCACCCCAAGAUCAAAGGUCAUUUUUACUAAAGGAAACUUCAAACAGGUAAUUGAAAAGUCCUCUCCUUGAUUUGAUAUUUAUGAUGAUGACUUUGAUGUCAGUAUGAGCAGCGAGGAGUCUGAUAUUCAUGCUCUAGAUACAGUGGUAGAGGAAAGAUGCCUGAAGAUUAUUUUGAAGAAGCCUACAACACUUUAUUUCAACAAUAGGAGGACAAGAUUUUGUUAGAAGAAAGAUCCAUCUCUUUCUCAAAACCCCUCAAAAUUCUCUUCAUUAGUAAAUGCUUAUGGUCUUCAGUUUCAGGAGAUUCCAUCCUUUCUGUCCAGCAGACUUUUUGAGGUUCUUGUUUUGUUGAAAAUAUGAAAAUCAUCUAAUGGAUUACAUGGUCUUGGGGUCAAGUCUAAUCAGGUGGCUUUAAAGCAUUCUCUUAAGACUCAUUUUUCGGAUUUGGUGCCGACACAGCACCUUGAAUCUUCAGCCUGAGGCCCAUGACAAAGGAGUCCACACUCCUUUCUUCGACGUUUGUGACAUUGGAGGAAAAACAAGAGUCUGGUAAAGGCCCUCUUAUAAGAAUUGCAUUGACAACAUAAAAGUGCAUCUCUGUCGUUACUAUCCACAAAAUACUACUUCAGAGACUCAAACUGUAUCAAUCUUCUUGUCAUUGUUGUUGAAAGCAUUCAUGGGUCAGUUCUUUAACUUUGCUCAAUCAGUGGUGGGUGAUGGUAAAGCGAUCAGAUUCUGGCUGGAUAAGUGGUGUGAUCCUCAACCUCUCGCUCACAAAUUUCCAGACAUUUUCUCCAUCUCUUUAAAAAAGGAUGCAGUGAUCGUAGAUUGCAGGUGUGUCUCUAGUCAAGCGUGGGAUUUGGGCCUUAGAAGACGUAUUUUUGAUAGAGAGGUUGGUGAUAUGAUUGCCAUUUUACAAAUCCUUUAACUCUUGGGUUCUUCAGGAAGUCAUGAUUGCAUCGGUUGGAAGAUUGAUGCCUCCGGGAAGUUUACCACCAAAAUCACCUUCCUUAACAUUGUUAGGAAGCCCCCCUAUUUUACCUUUCCUUUGUUGAAGCUGAUCUGGAAACUUAAAAUCCCUAAAAAGGUUAAAUUCUUCCUUUGGUCCCUCGCUUAUAGAAGCCUUAAUACUCAUGACAAAAUGCAGAGGAAGCUUAAAAAUAACUACUUAAUACUCAUGACUAUGUCCUUGUGUUCUAAAAGACGAGGAGAGCUUGGACCAAUCUUUUCCUGCAUCGUAAAACGUCUCUAAGGGUUGGUCCCAUUUGAUAAGUACCUUUGGUUUGGUGAGCUGCUGUCCCAAAAAAAUUGAUGAUUGCUUGCUUGAAGGGUUGGAUAGCCACACCUUUGGUGGAAGAGGGAAAGUGCUUUGGAGAUGUGCUACGCGGUCUCUUUUGUGGUGCUUAUGGAAUGAAAGAAAUAGUCGUAUUUUUGAAGAUAAGUAUGCUUCUUUUGGUUCUUUUUGGGCUUUUGUUCAACAUACGGCCUCUUGAUGGUGCAGUAACUAUACCAAUUUAUUUUGUAAUGAUAGUCUUUUGAUGAUCUCUAACAAUUGGAAAGCUCUUCUGUAUUAGCUUCUUGGAGAGGGGUCUUCUCAACCCUUUGCCAUUAGGCUGUUCCAAUGUUUUUUUGAUGGAAUAUACAUGUGUGUUUCUUGUCAAAAAAAAAAAAAAAACAUUCAUGGGUUAGAUAACUUUACUCCCUAAAAGUGUGAUUUGUUUGAUCUUAUCCUCUUCAGUCAUUCAUCGAGUACACAAGUGUUUGCUAUUAUUGAUGUGUCUUUGUUGGUGCAAAAGAGCAUUAUAAAUGUUCUAAAGAUUGUUCCAUCUCGUCAACCUUAUCUUCAUUUUUAUAUUCUUGCUCUUGUACUUAAUUUUUCAGGUUGGAAGAUAUAUUAUGGGAUCCUAUUAUGAAAAAUACGAAAGUUUUAUUGAUGCACAUUUUGAUGGUUUCCUGUCUCAAGAUCUUCCUGUCAACAUAUGUGAAGUUUUACCAUGCGAUCUAAAUACUGCGCUAAGUCUCUCAAUUCGGUCGAGGAUCAACGGUGAAGGUUCCCACCGUCAACUUUCAUCAACCAUCAAGUUCAACAUUAAAAAAUCCAUGUCACAGGUUCCCAUACAACACUGUAAGUUUAUCAUCAUUGAACGACUACCAUCAGGAGUUUUUGCUGACCCGUUUGAAUUGGAACAUCUUCUUCAUCGAGCUGUAUUUAGUGAUGUAGCUGUUUUCGGAGAUACAAAUUUGGAAUUGCCUUCAGUCCUCUCCAACAUCUCUGUUGUCGAGGUUCACAAGGACAUUGGUCCCAACAUCUUGUCACACAACAAGAAUUUGCUUGAUUUCACCGUUGAUCUGCCUUUACAUUCACGAUAUCCGCGAUUGGAUGAAAGUGGUUACGUGCAAGUUAGAUUGAAGGCUCCAGACUUGUUUUUGCAGUGUAGCAUACAGGAAAAACCACAUAAUAGGAGCUGUUUAUUUAAGUUGGAAAGUGAUGAUGCAGAGGCAGAUCUUACAUGGUCGAUACCAGCAGGUAAACGAUCGGAUGCUGGAAUUGUUAGAGCUGUGACCUUUGUUUCUGCUCUGUUAUCAGUACUAUGCAUUGUAUUUUUUACACAAAUCAGACAGCUCAAAGUUAUGAAGCAAUGUUAAUUGGUUCAACAUUUCUUCUUCUUCUCAAGAUUAAGUUUUGGCUCGAGUUGUAAAAGAAACAUUUUGGUUGAGAUACAAAUAGAGUUAGAAUUUAGUUCCUAUGAUUUAAAAAUUAA